UGUUUAUUUUUUCCCUUAGGAAAUAUGUCAACAACUUUAUACAUUUUGACUAUUUUGUCUUGCAUCGCCUGUAUCUCAGAAUUAGGCCACUGCUCAGAUGAAAAAGCUAAGAACGUAAUAAUAUUUAUAGCUGAUGAUCUCGGAUACUCAGAUUUGAGCUGCUUUGGAAAUGAGCUAAUACAAACCCCAAAUAUUGACAAACUUGCCAAGAAUGGCCUGAAAUUGACCAGAAUGUAUUCGAUGCCUUCAGAGGCUGGAAGCUUAGCAGCUAUAUACACAGGACGACAGCCAAUGAGAAUGGGACUUGUGAAAGGAAAUUUUGGCUGGUCAAGUUUUUGGAGUGUUGCACAAUCUGGAGGUAUCCCACUCAGUGAAAUGCACAUGGCCAAAUAUUAUGAAAUGAAAGGACAUGUACCUUUCUUAUUUGGACGAUGGGGUCUUGGUUCAUGGUCCUGGUCACUGCCUACUAAUCAAGGAUUUGGAGGAUUUUUUGGCACUGUGAUGGGACAUAGUCCUUCAUGUAGCAGUGAUGCUGAGGAUUUUUUUGCAGACUCUGACUAUUUCUGGUUUGUUUUAGCAGAACUAGGACCCCUUAUUGUAACAUUUUUGAUUUUGAUAAUCUCAUCCAAGAUGCUUUCUUUCAUAAGUAUCAAAUUACUCAUUCUUCUGAUAUCUGUGGUGUUUAUAGGUAUUGGUAUUUUUAGGAUAUAUUGCUGGAUGCUUCCAUUAAACAGUAUAACAUGCAAGGUAUUCGACAACCAGAUGGUGAAAGAAGAUUUUUAUAUUGAUACUACACUGACUAGUCAGAUAACAGAAAAAGCACAACAUUACCUAAAAUUUAGGAAAAGACCUCCGUUUUUAUUAAUUAUACCUUAUCAUCAGCCAGGACAUCCUGCAUUUGCUUCCAAAAAUUUCCUUGGCAAGUCUGGGAUUAAUAAAUAUUAUGACUCUAUUUUGGAAUUAGAUUGGAGUGUUGGUGAGAUGAUGAAUACUCUUCAGGAACAAGGAUUGGAAAACAAUACUGUUAUAUUCUUCCUCUCAGACAGUGGUCCUGUUUUAACACACCCGUAUACAAAUUCUCAUUUAAAACAUUCAAGUAAGGACAUGAAACUACAGGGUGAAAAAGGUUCUCUGAGAGAAGGAGGCAUAAGAGUACCAGCUAUUGUUAGCUGGCCAAAUUUCAUUGAACCUAACCAAGAAACUGCUGUGGUCACAUCUGUGAUGGAUAUCUUCCCAACAAUUCAGCAUCUAAUUGGACAACCAAACAAAAUUCAAAGAACACAUAUGAGACAUUUUGAUGGUAAAGAUUUAAAACCAUUAUUUAAAAAUCCAAAUAAAAAGUCUGAUGAAAUCCACAAAGUAUUACUCCAUUACUGUGAUACUGGAGAUGUCUCGGCAGCUACAGUGGGAGAUUACAAAAUAUACUUUGUUUCUCAAAAUAUAUCAAAUGAUUGCAGCGGUUAUAUACUUGAAGAUCCUUUAGUUUAUAACGUCAAAGAUGAUCCAGGGGAAACAACUGUGUUACCUCCAAGUCAACACCAAGAUGUUAUCUCUAAGGCUAGAUCAAAUUCAUUAAGAUUUGAAAUGUCUUUAGAUAUUAAGAAGAGAAAUUUAAAAUCUCAAUUCGAUCAAAUACCAUUCCCAUGGGACAUGUGGGUCAGUGUCUGAUCUUAAUACAUUUGGUCCAAAUGAAACUGGUUUUUAGUUCUUUUGAUACAUGAACCUGAUGCACCUUUUUUUUAAUAGAUGAAUUUCACAACAUCCAACAUCCAACAUACAACAUACAAAAAUUGCAUGUAUUUUUUUAGAACAAAUAUCAGCUAAAUUAAAUGUUGAAAUUGAGAUUAUUUUACGGUCUGGUUGUAGGAUUUAUCCCAAAAUAUAUAUUAAACUUCAGCAUAGAAUUUCCAUUCAAAUACCAAAUUAUUUUAUAAUGCCAUGGAUUACAUUUUAUACUUGUUUUGAACUAGAAAAAAAACCAGUUGUCUUUCAAAUAUAUUGCCAUUAAAAUUGAAGGUUCUAUAGUUCAAAAAGUUGAAAGACUAAUGUUGGAAGAAAAAAACCUAUUACCCGUACAUGUAAUAUACAUACUAAUAUCCUAUCAUAAAUCACCCAAUGGGUCAUAUUGCAUGUUAUAGAACAUUACACAAGAUUUGUAUGUGUGAAUGAUUUAUGAAAUAAGAUGUGGGAUAUACAACAGUGAGACGGCAACCCAACUACACAAAAACCAUUACACAUCCUAGGUCCACCAAAUGUAUUCAUUCCUUUCACAUUCCAUACUUACCAUUUUUGUACUUGAUUUCUGCCCAAAAUCAUAGCAAGUUUUUGUAAGUUUCCGUUAGAUCUCAUUAUUUUUAUUCAAUUUAUUUGUUGUUUGUUUUUUUCCUUUUGGAUAUUUAGUGUGAGAAAUGCAAUAUUUUUAUGUCUUCCUUGAUGUACAUGUUAUGUCAAUUUAUCUUAUGUUGUGUGUUCAAUAUAAAUAGUAUUUACAUAAUGUUUUUUUUGUCCUGCAUAAUAUAUGUGUGCCA